AUCCAUCCACCCGUCAGUCCGUACAUAAACGGAGGAGCUCCCCAAUUUCAAAUUUCGAAUUCCUCCUCCGCUCCGCUCCGCUCCCAAACCCACGACGCAGCACACGCACCCCGGCCUCGCCCGCCCUGCGGCUCCAGAUCCGGAGCGGCGACCGGCGCUCCCGCCGCCGAUCGACCGGGGAUCAGGGGUGAGGGGAGGGAUGGCGGAGGCGAUCGACCUGUACCGGCACUCGGCGAUCGGCGUGGCCCUCAUCGAGACGCUGAACGAGAUGGUGGCCAGCGGCGCGCUCAGCCCCGAGCUCGCCAUGGCCGUGAUCAUGCAGUUCGACAAGUCCAUGUGCCACGCGCUGGACAAGCAUGUCGAGAGCAGGGCCACCUUCAAGGGCGGCAAUCUGCGCACAUACAGGUUCUGCGACAGCAUCUGGACUCUCAACCUGAGAAACACAACAUUCAUGAACGAGGAGAUCGAAACAGUCCUCCCCAAGGUGAAGAUCGUGGCCUAUGAUAUGAGACUGAUUGAGGAGCCUGUAGUACCUAUCACUUGCCAGCAGUGCCAGUAGUCCAGCCCCUUAAGCCAUACUCCUCUUCAUGACAGACCACGCGCAACCCCAAACUGAACAGUCAUGGGUACCGCUUAUGGAAUGAUCCCACGAGCAUCUAGGCGGCUUCCAUUGUGCCAGAACACAAUGGUUCUGAAUUUGUUAUCGUUUGCAUCGCUUAUGGAACGAUAACUCGCUCUUUCGUGCCGAUAACAUAACUUGUGGAUGAGUAGAACUACGAACAGAAAUACAGAAUGGUGUUUUUCUUUUGUCUA